CGUCUCCGUCCACCACCGUCGUUCUUUGCGUUUAACUCCACGCCUCUCUCUCUCUCUCUCUCUCCACUCUCUCUCUCCCUAGCCUCGUCUUAUCAUACCUCCUCCUCCCCUCUCUCUCUUUCUCUUAAUUUCGUUCUUUGGUUCUGUCUCUCUCGCUUUUGUGUUGUGUUUAGAUCUUCUUCUGUGUCUAGGUGUCUUCUGUUUUAUAUUUCGGAGUGUCUCUUCUUGUUCAACCCUUCAACGAAGAAUCAAAAGACAAGCCCACACAGAGCACAGACUUCGAUCUUUCUCGUCUCUGAAGCGUUAUGAGUGAUCAAAGACUGAUUUUUUUGAAGAUCAGUGUGACCUUUUAAGUUUUGAAAGGCCAAACCUUUGAAGAUAGAUCAUGGCUGGUAGUAAUGAAGUUAGGGUAAAUGAAUCCAAGAGGGUGGUUCCACUGAAUACAUGGAUCCUUAUAUCCAAUUUCAAGCUAGCUUACAACAUGCUUCGCCGACCUGAUGGUACAUUCAACCGAGAUUUGGCCGAAUUUCUCGACCGUAAAGUCCCCGCCAACACGAUUCCGGUCGAUAAGGUUUACUCUUUUGAUGUAGUUGAUCGAGCCACAAGCCUUCUAAACCGUGUUUACAGGCCAGCCCCUGAAAACGAGGCUCAAUGGGGCAUUGUAGAGCUUGAAAAACCCUUGAGCACCACUGAAAUUGUCCCCGUCAUAAUUUUCUUCCAUGGCGGAAGCUUUACACAUUCCUCUGCCAAUAGUGCCAUCUACGAUACAUUUUGCCGUCGCCUUGUUAGCAAUUGCAAGGCUGUUGUGGUGUCUGUGAAUUACCGGCGAUCGCCCGAACACCGAUACCCUUGUGCAUAUGAUGAUGGAUGGGCAGCUCUUAAAUGGGUUCACUCAAGAUCAUGGCUUCAGAGUGGGAAAGAUUCUAAAGUUUAUGCGUACUUGGCUGGAGAUAGUUCUGGUGGUAAUAUUGCUCAUCAUGUUGCUGUGAGGGCUGCUGAAUCGGGAGUUGAGGUAUUAGGCAAUAUACUACUUCAUCCAAUGUUUGGCGGAGAAAUCAGAACGGAAUCGGAGAAAAAAUUGGAUGGUAAAUAUUUUGUGACAGUUCAAGACAGAGAUUGGUACUGGAGAGCAUAUCUACCCGAAGGGGACGAUAGAGACCAUCCGGCGUGUAAUAUAUUUGGUCCCAGAGGCAUAAGUCUUGAAGGACUAAAGUUUCCAAAAAGUCUUGUUGUUGUGGCUGGCUUGGAUCUUGCUCAGGAUUGGCAAUUAGCUUAUGUUGAUGGACUCGGAAAAUCGGGGAAAGAGGUAAAACUCUUGUACCUAAAGCAAGCGACGAUUGGGUUCUACUUCUUGCCGAACAAUGAACAUUUCUAUUGCCUCAUGGACGAGAUUAAGAACUUCGUGAAUUCUAACUGUUAA